GCGUUGUGCUGUGAAAUGGUUCAGUCUCAGAACGGCUGCGUCUCGCCGCACACUGUGGCCAUCGCUAGUCAACCAGAACCGGAACCUAGUGGUUUUCGAUUUCUUACAGUUCCCCCCCUGUAGCUCAGUGUCCGGUUACUCUACUGGAGGGCGUACUGCUGUGAAUAAAUUGUGUUCUGUGUAUAGUGUUUCUUUGUGGUGUUGGGUUAUGUAGUUAGUUUUAAUUAAUUGAUUCUAAGUGAAAUAUCGGUGCGGGAGUUUUGUGUGUAGUGAAUAUUACUGUAGUGUUUGUGUCAUCGUUGAUCUGCAUUUAUGGAUAACGAACCCGUCAAUGGAGGCGGAGGCGCUUCAGUGCGGCCAGUGUCUGCCAGCCGCACAGACAGCUGCCCCGGCUACGUGCCGCAUUUCUGGAGGAAGGUGUGCCGAAACUGUAAGAGUCCCCGUGAAGAACACAGCGACGGCAUGUCACAGCCGGUCUCCCCCUCCCUGCCACCUCCGUCACUUCCACCCCCGGACUCCACUCCCGACAAGUUGCUGGGGAAAGCAGUCUUAGACCCCCAGAGACACUCCCACUCUGACGAUGACUCAGGGUGUGCCCUCGAGGAGUACACGUGGGUUCCGCCCGGGCUUCGUCCUGAUCAGGUACAUCUGUACUUCUCAGUUCUGCCCGAGGACAAGGUGCCCUACGUGAACUCCGCGGGUGAGAGGUACCGAGUCCGGCAGUUGCUGCACCAGUUGCCGCCUCACGACAAUGAGGUUCGCUACUGCCACAGCCUCUCGGAUGAAGAGCGGAAGGAGCUCAGGUUGUUCUCCGCACAGAGGAAGAGGGAAGCUCUGGGAAGAGGCGCUGUGCGCCAGCUGGCCGCCCCGAUGCCUUGUGAAGGGUGUGACGAGAGGCUAUCGACGGGAGACAUGAGCGUGUUCGCCUCCAGAGCCGGCCCCAACAGCUGCUGGCAUCCUGCGUGUUUUGUCUGCUCAGUCUGUCAGGAGCUGCUGGUAGAUCUCAUCUACUUCUACAGGGAAGGCAAACUCUACUGCGGCCGCCACCACGCCGAGACUCUCAAGCCUAGGUGUUCUGCCUGCGAUGAGAUAAUCCUAGCGGACGAGUGCACGGAGGCGGAGGGUCGCGCGUGGCACAUGAAACACUUUGCGUGUCUUGAGUGCGACCAACAACUGGGAGGUCAGAGGUACAUCAUGAGGGAUGGUCGUCCCUACUGCCUCACCUGCUUCGACGCCAUGUUCGCCGAGUACUGUGACUCCUGCGGAGAACCAAUCGGAGUUGAUCAUGGCCAGAUGAGCCACGAGGGUCAGCACUGGCACGCCACGGAGAAGUGUUUCUGCUGCCACAACUGCCGCGCCUCUCUGCUGGGUCGCCCGUUCUUACCACGGCGAGGAGCCAUCUACUGCAGUAUCGCCUGCAGCAAGGGAGAACCUCCUACACCUUCAGACAGCUCGGGACCUGCCACUCGUUUAGGGCUCAGACCGAGACCGAGGCCACCGUCCGAGGCCGGUUCCAGCACUCCACCCACCUCCCCCGGCCACCGUAGACGUGCCUUGCCUCCUCUUGGUUCUCCCACGCUCUCCAGAACUAAGCUGUCCCCGGCCACUUCUUCUGGGCCGACCUCGCCACAGGAUUGUAACGCCAAUAACAGCCAAGGAAGGUUUCCGGAUUCGUGUCCUCCUGGAAGUAGCCAACAGACGAUGAGAAGUCCUCCCACUGGAAGAUCCCCGAAAAUGGGGAGACGAGCUCUGCAGAGAUCGCCCAACAAGAACAUCAACUGUAGUCCACCAGACUAUAACACAGUGAGGGGACCACCACCUCUGCCUCCACCACCGGGCAGCCCACCGUCACUAGCCAUCACGGCGACGUCCAGCAGUAAAGGACUGGAUAGGGUUCUCCUGGAGCGCAACUUGGAGAAACUGUUGUCAGAGAGGGGUGGCUCUAACCAUUCCUCGAGCUCGGAACAUCUUCCAAUGGAAGGUGAUCUUAAUCGAAUCCUCGGGUUCAACGAGUGUUCGGGUCACCUGUGUUUAGAGACGCACUUAGAAAAGUUUUCGCUGAAAGACGAUCAGGGUAAGACGUCAAACCUCAAUUUUAGUCGGUUGGUGUUGAGUGGUGGCAGCACGGAUGAUGUUAAGCCUGAGUUGAAAAAGCUCAUUUUGGACAUCGAUAACUGUGAUGGACGAAGUAGUGAAAUGAGGAGGGACCUGAAGUUGAUCCUCGGUGAGCAAGAGUUCGACGAAGAGUGCCAAGUUAAAAAACUGAAUCUGGAAGAAAUUGAAUCUUCUUUGGAGAGAGAGAAAAGAGGCGUCAACGCUCCCAUCAAUGUGGAAGCCAGUACGAGUCUGGAUUGGAGGCCUCAGCUAAGUGACUCGCCACAUGACAGUGGCCACGCGUCUUCAAUGCCCGAGUUAGCCGUUCAACCCGCCACCCCGACCUCACCACAGAGGAAAAACGUCAGGUUCAAGGGCGCUCCUCCGGAGGUAGAGGAGCCCAGGAUACCCAGGAGCAGAAGUUACUCCGGCAGGUCCGAUUCUCACGAGAUUGACGAUGCCGAGAGCUACUGCUCCACUUGUUCCUCCAGUUCCAGUAGUGACGACAUGUCGGCCUACCAACUGCCACCUCGCCGAGCCUACGGCGGUGUCCGGAUAUCCUACGUCCCCAACGACGCAUUCGCCAUAGCCAGACAGAGGCAGCAGUCUUCUCAGCUGAAAUCUCCGACUAAGAAGACCGUCGACGACAAGAACUGUGUGAUAUCUUGAUCAACAUUCAUAAGAGUAGUGAAAGAAUAUGUAUCUCUCAUCGACCGAUGCCCUACUUUUCGUGUGGGUAAAAUGUUUAAAUCCUGUAACUGAAUACUUCCUCAGAGAAAAUAUGUUUCGAAACAAGUGCUUCUUUUAAAAGUUCCUGAAUGUUGUUCUAAUAUUAAUCGUUUUGUAUACAUAAGUUUGUAAAAUUUUAUUUGUUGACUACAUACACUGUUAUUCCAAUUCAGUUAAUUGUAACCAAUUUCCUCCCAAAAAUAAUAAUACUUUUUACUGCAAUUGAAUCUUGAUAGAACAGAAAUCCAACUCAAAAGGAUUGAUUACUAAAAGUGAAUACGUAAAUUUGGUACUAAACAAUCACGGUAUUGUAAUACUAAUAAGAGUAACAAUCGAGUUUAUUCUUGUAAGCAUGAAACAUAAAAAAAUUGUAAAGAUCAUAACCAUAUUUUAUAAUAAUAACAUCAGGAUGAAUAGGUCUUUGCAUUGUGAUUUUGGUGGAAAUCACUUAUUGAUUCUCAGCAAUCUUAAAUCAGGGUAUUAAGCGUAGAGGUAAUCAAGUUGGUAAAGUAAACAUAUAUUUUUUGCAAGCUUUGAUUCAUUUCACUGAAAUUUAUGUAUAAUUAAUAAUACAACUGUUCUUGAAAAUGUACAAAUGCUACCAGUCUGUGAAUAUGAGUCGUUAUUUAUUUGUUAAAUUGUUGUUUUAGUGUUUAAUACUUGUUGAUUUUGUCAUACCUGAGUUACCUAAAUCCUUGGAUUUAUUGUAAUAGUGUAUGGUUUUGACAUAGUUUUACACUGAAUAUUUUUUAUUACUGAUGUAAAGUAUAAAAUAGAUUUUGCAAAAUAAUUUUAAUACAAAUAAAAGUUUUGUAAG